AUGCUCUGGCUGUGGCUCUUGGUCUUCUUCCUGGCUGCUGUGUCCACCGCCGGGCUCCAGGGCUUCCCGGCUGUUACCCUGCACUCUAGAAGGCGCUUUACUACAGUAGAAGAAGAGUGGGCACGGACCAAGAGGGGAACGGAGGAUGAUGAAUCGAAGGGGGUGCAGCAGUACAUGCCUGAGCAGUGGGCUGAAUAUCCUCGGCCCAUCCAUCCCGCUGGUCUACAGCCCACCGACCCCCUGGUGCCUAUAAGCCCCAACCCAGACCAGGAGGGGGGUGCCCACGGAAGCGGACAGGAGCCCUAUGGCAACCUGACAGGCACCCCUGGGCGAAGGCUGCAGAUUCAGAACCCCCUCUACCCGGUGACGGAGAGCUCCUAUAGCGCCUAUGCAGUCAUGUUCUUGGCACUGGUGGUGUUUGCCGUGGGCAUCGUCGGCAACCUGUCAGUCAUGUGCAUCGUGUGGCAUAGCUACUACCUGAAGAGCGCCUGGAAUUCCAUCCUGGCUAGCCUGGCUCUGUGGGACUUCCUGGUCCUCUUCUUCUGUCUGCCUGUUGUCAUCUUUAAUGAGCUCACCAAGCAGAGGCUGCUGGGUGACGUCUCCUGCCGGGCUGUGCCCUUCAUGGAGGUAUCCUCCCUGGGAGUCACGACCUUCAGCCUCUGUGCCUUGGGCAUCGACCGCUUCCACGCAGCCACCAGCCCCCUGCCCAAGGCCCGGCUCAUCGAGCAGUGCCAGUCAAUUGUGGCCAAGCUGGCGGUCAUCUGGGUGGGUUCCAUGACAUUGGCUGUGCCCGAGGUCCUGCUGUGGCAGCUGGCACAGGAGCCCUCACUCAUAGCAGGCACCAUGGUGGACUCAUGCAUCAUGAAGCCCUCGCCUAGCCUGCCUGAGUCCCUCUACUCCCUGGUGUUGACAUACCAGAAUGCCCGCAUGUGGUGGUAUUUUGGCUGUUACUUCUGCCUGCCCAUCCUCUUCACCGUCACCUGCCAGCUGGUGACCAGGCGGAUCCGGAGCACCCCAGGGAAGAAGCCAGAGUGCCGGGCGAGCAAACACGGGCAGUGUGAGAAACAGCUGAACAGCACCGUGGGGGGCCUGACUGUGGUGUAUGGCCUUUGCACCCUGCCGGAAAACGUUUGCAACAUCGUGGUGGCUUAUCUCUCCACAGAGCUGUCCCGGCAGACCCUGGAUCUCCUCAGCCUCAUCAACCAGUUCUCCAUUUUCUUCAAAGGCUCAGUCACCCCCGUCCUCCUCUUGUGCCUCUGUAAGCCUUUAGGCCAGGCCUUCCUGGACUGCUGUUGCUGUUGCUGUGAUGAGUGUGGGGCGGAUGAAGCCGCCUCUGCUGACGGCUCGGACCGCAAGCUCAAGACAGAGAUGUCCUCCUCCAUCUACUUCCACAAGCCCGGGGAGUCACCCCCUCUCCUGGCACUGGGCACUCCGUGCUGAGUCCUGGCUGGAGUUGGGGGGUGGGUGGGAGGUGGGA